CAACAACAAACCACCCACAACUGUUUGACAUUAGAAACAGAAAGUCUAUGGCUUUAUAAAGCCUAAUCAUUCCAUUUACUGAGCAAGGCGAAUUUUGUCUUUUAAAAUCAAACUAUAAAAAUAAACCUUCAGAAAAGCAACUAUAAGAGAAUGGAGAUGGAAUGAGAAUACAGGCAACCCUUUAAAAAUGAAGCAAUCUUAACUGAAAGCAUUUUGGAAGCCACCAGUGGUUUCUCUAGCACAAUUCUUCAAAGCAAGCCUGUUACUUAAAUCUAGCACAUUUGCAAAGUCAUGUUUAACACUAAAAAAAACAUUAUUUUACAUUAUCUCAACUGCCUGUGUUCUUCAAGUCAUCACUCUGAAGAGACAAAAACAACAAAAGAUCUUUCUGAUAUCACAUUUCAGUAAUUUAAAAAAUAACAACAACAAAAAAAGCCUGCUAAAAAUACUUCUUAGCACUGCCCAGAAUAACAAGACACUUCACUUAUUUAUGAGCAUGUGGUGUUGACUACUCCAAACAACUUUCUAGAUGCUUUGAAUGGUGUGGUAGCACACAGGUGGUCCACUUACAUUUGAGCAGUUCAUCUCUUAAGGACAUCAAGCCAAACAGAAAAAGCAAAACAUGUUUUCAGUACUCGCACACAGAAUAGCAGAGGAUAAUUCCCAAUUCCAAAUACUCAACUUGAAUUUUCCACAAAACAAAAAAGCACACGCACACACAAAAUAAACCUAACUUGAAUCAGACAGCAAUCUUUUCCAUCUGGCCCCCAAAAUAUAACUAUUUUUGUCAAUUGGCACCUCUUCUGACUAUAUCAGCCUUGGACUAAGAACAUCUGCUCCAUUAAAGCAAUGGUGUCCAAAGGUUCUUGCUUGUUUUUUUUGAGAAAGGCUUAGCCUUCAUUUUCAUGACUUGGCAAGCCUUCAAGUCAUGCUGAGACAUGGUUAGUUGCUGGGAAAUAAAAUUUUAAAAUCUUUGCUGUACUAGCCUAUAUGUAAAUAUUUAUUGCUGGAAUACACAUUGCUGACUGAUUCCAUCAUGUUUCUUAGCAGUGGGAAAAUAACAUUUCUCUGGACUACAGGAUAACAGCAUCUGGAUCAUUUAGGCCAAUAAUGUCUGUGAUUUUAACUGCAGUAAUUAACAUUAUCUUCUCCGCAUUCUCUACCCAAAACAGUUUAGUGUUUCAGCUUAUGAGCAGCAUUUCAUUCCACAUCAUAAUACACUGUAUUGCAGAGUAGAGGUGCAGUCCAAAAAUCUCAAAAUGACAUCUACUGUAAAAACAACAACUAAAAAAAAUCAGUAGAUUUUGAAUUUUGAAGCAGUAAUUCAAGUACUUUAACAGUAUUUGUACUACAACUGUAAAGAUUUCACAAGAAUGAUCUCUUUUGGUCAACAGCAUGUUAUCAAUCUUAUGUUGUGAAGUUUCACUAACAUUCAUUACUUGGAACAAAACCAAGGCUGUGUAUCCACAUAAACCCAAUGCACAGAAUCAGCGCAAUCAAGAUGAACCACACAACAAGCAGCUCUCUUUAUAGGACUGACACAGAGGAAAGCACUGCAGAUUUCCUCAUGAGCUGCACCUCAGGGACUCACCUCUUGCCCUCCCAUCUCACCUUGUCGCAAGGGCACCAGCAAACCCACACAUGCAGCCAUUAUUGAAGAGGUGCCUCUUGCUCUCUCCUCCCCUGCAACAGGAACAGGAUCCCAUCUGUGAGCCAGCACAGGUUCAGCACACUGAAGAGCUCUGCAACAGGUCCCUGCCCAUAGCAAGGAAAUAAGGAUUUACCCAUCCCUUCCUCCCCAGAGAUGUUUCUUCUCAACAUCAGGCAGAGUGCUUUGCAAUGCAACAGCUCCUUUAGUCAGGACAGUCCUCCAAGUCUUCCUGCCAGCAAAGCAAGACAGGUCUAGGGAUUUUCACACUGCACAAGUGAUGUAAAACUGAAUCGGACUUUACUUUUAAAUGACCUUACAGCAAAGCAAGUAACCGUUUCUGCAAGGAAUCAUUUCUGCAGAAAGAUCCUGUGCCUUGCUCAAAUGCACUAGAACAAGCAGCCACAAAGCAGCAUUAAAAUAUAUUCCCAGAUGGGUAAAAACAUGAGUACAGAUCAAAUCAAGAAAUCUUGACUUGCAGCAUCUGUGCGUUACCACCACUUACUUACUGCUCUGCUCCAUCUUUGCCAUUUAGGGGAGACAGUGAUUCUGCUCAGUCCAAUAUAAUCAGGGAAGUUCUUGGCACAAACACAAAAGCUGUACCAUGUUUUGCUGUACUUCUACAAAUCUGAAGCAGUCACGGUGGAGAGAGAGAGCAUCAAAUCAUGCCCUUGCACCCUCACUCCAGCACUGGUACUUGUGCUGCUCCUUGGGAAAUUUUUAAUGAGGAGGAGACGAAAUUGAAGUUGAAGCAUAUUUAAUUUGUACGGUACUAAGAACUACUGAUGUAUUAUGGAAAGGUUAGCAUAACACUAAUAAGGAGUGGUGAAAUAUGAAAUGAAAACAGUAACAAAGAUCAACAAAGCUUGGAAAAAAUUCUGAAGUAGACUUUAUAUAGACAUAUAAAUUGCAAAGUAAUUAACAAAAGAAGGAGACAAACCAGCAGGGAGAAUAAACUUGUCAGGAGCUGCUUGAAAACAAGCUUAAUGUAAGUCUGGACUGGCUUCAUAGGGUGUGUCAGGUCACAGAGAAAGGGGGACAGGGAAGGAAUACAAUGGUGACUUUAAAUAGCUCUGGCAUAAACCCAGCUGGAAAAAUACAUUCAGUUCUGGGCACUGUACUACCAGAAUGUCACUAAAAUAGUAGAAUGUGUUCAAGAGCAAUCCUAAUUAUUAGGAAGCUUAGUAAAAAAAUUUAUGAAUAAAGAACUGAAUACUACAGACAAAGGUUGAAGACGCAUAAAAGAAAACAGCAAAUACUUCAUUUCCCAGGCUGAGAAUACAUAUACAGCCAGGAUUUACAGAGUGAAAUUUGGGAUAAGAGUACCACGAAAAUAAAGAAUAAACUAAAAAGAUUGGGAAAAGCAACUAAAGCAUGUAACAAGCAAUCAAAAGAAUAUUCAAGUUUGAAGAACAACACUGAAUAAAUUUUAAAAAACAUGAGGCAAGCCCAUCCUUACUUAAUAAUACACUGGGAAUUCUGCUCAGUGUUGGGAUUAAACUAUGCUGGGAUCAGAUAUUUGUGAUUAAGAACAGAAUGGACAACACUUUGGAGAGCGUUGGAGGAGAAGCACAGGCAACAGCAUAGGGCAAAUAAAGCAGAAAUAAAACUCACUUAAGAAAUGGCUGACCUUAAAAAACACAGCCACAGUUGAACAGCAUGGGUUUCAGACAAAGAAGUUCUAACAGCCAGGCAGAAUGACAGAUGCACUUGUUGGUAUCCUGAUUUGCGAAAGCUAAUUGAGUGUUCAUAAAUCGGAGUCUUAAAAUUGACUAAACAAUACAAUGAAAAAGGACAACUUUCCCCCUCUUUUCAAGCGUUGCUGUUGUUUUAUUUUUUUUUAUUUUUUUAUUUUUUUGGCCAUUAUACAAUUAGAUUCAGCCAUGCUGGCCUUGAAGAGUCAUUUAGGGUCUUUUAAAGCAAGUCCAUGAAGUCCUUUGCUGGUGCCCUGCCUGGCUCCCUCUCUUCUUUUUGCAGCAAGCAUUCAGAACUGUGAUAGUGAGAUGUCCAUCUUUGCAAGUAGCAGCCACAAACCUCUCAUCUGUUUGGCAGCUGCACUAUUGCAUCUGCUUUAUGACUUCUUAAGCCUUUUCCAGAAAAAAACUUAAACUCUAAUGCUGAAUAUCCAUAGACACUACCAUUGUCCUAUUUUUCAGAAGGGGAAAGCUUCCAAAUAUAGAAUGAAUCAAUAGUAACACCUCUAUUAUGCUUUCUAAAAGCAACCCUCCCUCUCGCUAUUAAUCAAACAUUUUGCCAAGAACAUUUGAAAUGUCUCUCCCAUACAAAGGCAGCGCUGCAGACAGGACAUGACCCACACAUCACAGCCCUCAGAGACUCAUCCUGCACCAGCCAGGGAGAAGCCUGUCCUCUACAGUGCUGCCAUUUGGGCAUUUCCUUCUCCCAGCACCACUGGCACUGCAGCUUCUGAGCUGUCAAGGCUGGGUCUGACAACUGCAGGGAGGGAAGUCAUGAUUCCUCACUCCAGCAGCUUACAUCAGGUUAGCAGUGAGCUGCUGGGAUACUGACACAUAGAAAUGAAAUACUGCAGCCAGCUCUGUGGUCAUCACAGAACAAAAAACACAGCACUGCUACUACCAGCAUAGCUGCACGGAUCUGACAGCAGCUAUGUUGUCACUUGAGGUGGCACACACAAAGGCUGCUAUCAGGACAGGCCUGUUCCCUUUCCCACCUCUUUGACACUCAUACCUGUCAGCCCCUCCCUAGCUGUACACACACUGGUUAUCUGCAUUGGGUUCACCACAUCAGGCCAUGAGAUCACACGCUGGCACACACUGCUACAUAGAAAAGCAGCAUCUGAGAUUAUAUGUAAAGGCACAGCUUCAUGCUGGUACAAACCUCAAACUGAGGUAUCUUGACUCCAGACAGUGCCAGACCCUUCAAAAACUAUCCAUAUGUGGAGUGAAUAUUUUCUAAGCUUCUAAAUGAAUGACUACCAACCAACAUCUGGUGUUCAGAGAUGCAGGUUAGUUCAAGAAAAUGAGCUUCCAGGUGCUUCCUGAACAGCCCAGAGCAGGUUAGCUAAGUGACAGCAGCAUGUGCAGGGUCAGCACCACAGGCCAGGCCCAUAGGCAAGGGCUGCAUGUGUCGGUGACCAGAAUGCAACCAGCAGGAGCUGUGGAAAAACCCAGGCUACACAUUGGAACAUGCCAUGGUACUGGGCAAAAGUCUUAACCAACUAAGAAGUCAACACAGGGACUCCCAGGAGGCUUGGCAGGACACUCACUGAAGUGCACUGUUUUGUGUUAGAGCAGGAGGGUCUCAGUGAGACUGGCCACAGGCAAUCAGCCCUCAGCACCUUCCCACCUCAGCCAUCCUGAGCCACCACACUCCACCAGGCUGAGAGCAGCAAUUCCAGAGCUGCCACCUGGGCACCCUCUUCUGUCUAUCUUCCCAAGAACAAUUAAACAGCUCCUGUUUUUACGUGUUGCUAAAACAUUCUGCUAUAGUCCACACCAAUUUUAUUUUUGUCAGAAAUCCUUUCCAUUUAUAUUCUGGCAAAUGUUAUGAACACAAAACACUUCUAGGUGCCACUUAACAUGACGUUAAAAGCAACAGUGCCUGGAAUUUUCCACUGAUAACAAUUGGGGCUUUCCUAAGUAUAGAAGCACUUGUUUUAUUAAGUGUUCAUUUUAUCUUCACAUUACAGUUAAAUUCAAAUGUUCUCUACUCAAAAGAAGUCAGGAGAUGAAAGGGAGCUUCCACAAGAACAACCAUAACCUUUUUUCCUUGAAGCUUGUAGGGAAGCAACACAAUGAAAUUAAAUUCAACUUUGUGUUUCAUAUUCUGACCUGGAAAGCAGCAUGCAAAAAAAGUGACUAUAGUUGUUGGAAGCCCAUAAAGUGCCCUCUGCUUUAAGUGCAGCACAAAAGUAGGGCAUACAUUAUUCACUGAAAGAUUUUAUGGGCCGUGUGAGUAAGACAGAAAAGGAGUAGUUGGGGAGAAAAAUUUUUGACACAAAUCAAUCAUAAAUGGAAGCAUCUCUGAAAGUACAAUAUCUUGGUCAUUUGCACUCAGACAUCUUCAGACAAGUUCUGAUCAUUUAUGAAAAUGUCUUUGUUAAAGAAACAUCACUGAUAUCUACAAAUAUCAGUUUAUCAAAGCCUGAGUCAGUUGCCUGUUCAUUACUUGAAUAUUAUUUCUGCUCACUCUCAAAGAAAAGUAGAUGCAAAAAGUGACCCAAAAAGAAGCAAAAAUGUUUCUGCUUUUGCCAGCUUGCAUGAAAUCCUGCAAGGAUGUGCAGAGCAGACACCAGUCUUGCACAGAAAUGCACAGGAGCCCUUUUCUAACAAGAGGAUAAUUAAAAGAGUUCUACUUUAGCAAAUAUUUGAUAAAGGGAACUGCUGUGCAAUAAUUGGAAAAGAAGAUUUAAAAGACCCUACCAAGCAGAGUAUCAGAGUCUCUUGACAUGCAAAUGUAUUGAAAGAGAGGGGUGUUCCUCUCAGUGUAAUUUGAAGCAGGAGUAAGCAUUUGGGGAAGUAAUCCUCAGCAGAUUCAUUAUCAAUGGUCUCCAUUUUUCAAAUUGAUGAUCUUUAGAUUCUGUGAAGAGUGUCAUCCCCCAAACCAGAAAACCGGGCGUCUCUUCAUCUGCAUUGUUUGGUUCAGCUUUUCAUGAUUUUAAAAGAAACAUUAACCAUGAAUUUAACAUUCAUCAAAUUUAACAGAGGUUAAACACAAACAAAAAACUCCCACAAAAAUAAAGCAUAAAUGUUAAAUAUUUACAUGAAAACAAAUUCACAAAAGAACACUUUAUUUAAAAAUAGCAAUCCAGAACCGGUUUCAAUGGGCCCUUGCACAAAGAACAGGAUCCAGACAAAUUCUAACUAUGCAGUUUUGUGGGUGCAACUUCUGUACAUGUUUUAAUUGAGAGCACCUAGAGAAGAUAUGAUCUCAUAGUGAUUUGCCUUCUCCACUACCUUCUACACCCUUAUGGGGAUAAUUCUAUUAGCAGCAGAAUGUGGAGAUUUAGUAAGCCAUCUUACUGAGUACUGGAAGAUAAAAAACAAGUUGUCUAAAGAAACAGAUCCAUGCAAAGCUGAUAAGGUCUGUGGAUUCCAGAGUUCAGAACAAUGAGUACAGGUCUCCUUUACUUUUGCCUGUAUCUAACUUAAAAAAAACUUCAGUAAAUGGAAACAUUAGAGGCACACUCAUAUUUUCUGCUUCCCUUGUGGAAAUUCUUCCUUGGGGGAACUAUCUGCAUUCAGCCAGCAAAAAAAAAAACAAACAGGACAGCAUGUAGAUCUACUGCGAUGUUUCCAUCGCUUAGAGGCACUGCUACCACCAUCCCUGCACAGCAGCACAUAAAUCAUGACACAACCAGCAGUGACUCAGGCACUUGUACCAUAAUUUUGGAAAAAUAUUUUUCUCUUCCAUUCUGUAUUUAUUUGGUUGUUUAAACCCCAUUUGGAAAUGCCACAGACCUGUUUGUUUGUUUGUUUCCCCCCCCCCCUCCUCCAGAUUUAGAAGGAAUUACAGAGGCCUUUACUUCUGAAAAUCAACCGUUGGAACAUCUAAAGACACAUAUUUGAGGAUUCUGGCCUGAAAUGUCUGCACCACUAACAAAUAAAAGAAACCCAACUAGUUUAACACAGGAUUCUCUUUUAAACCGGGAACCACACAAACGUGGAUGACAGUCACAUAAUUUGAGCAUGGAACAACUGAUGGAUUCUUAAACUGUUUGGCUUCAAUUCAAAUUAUGAACCUUUUCCACUUGAGUUUAUGAGGGGUACUUGAAACACACUUGUCUCUAACAAAAGCAGCAGGAUGAUGUAAGGGUGCAUUUUAACACUGGUGUCAGUGUGUGAAGGUGUUUUCCUUCUUUAAGAGAUAAAUUAAUGGGGGCAGACCUAGGAUCUUAAUAUAAGCAGAAACAGCAGAGAAAAAUCACACUAAAAAUAAAUAGCACUUCCACCUCCAGCAGUCAGCACGUCCCACUCGUAGGUCUCAAGAGAUCUUAUAAAGAAACUACUUUAUUAGUCAGAUUUUACAGAAAAGAUAUUGAGAUAAAAGUGAAGACACUUUUUUCCAAGGCUCACCAAAAAGUACCAGAACACUGCAGAUUCUUAGUGUGGAAAUCAUGUUCUGUAAGCAAAAUACUGGCUUUGUCAAAUAUGAAUAAGACUAUUCCUGGCUAAAAACAAACAAACAAAAAAAACCAAACACACUUAUUCAAUAAGUAUCUGAAUUAAAAAAACACGGUCUUAUCCAUCCAGAACAUUCUUUGAGCUAAAAUGAUUAUAAAGCUGCAUCUUCUGCAUGAGAGUAUGAGAAGCCAUUUUUCAUCCUGUUGGAAAAUGCUGUAGUGCUGCAUUACACUUCAGCCUGGAGCAGCCCCUCUGUACACUUGGCUGGAGAAUCUCUUUUGUCCAGUACAGAGAGAAUGAAAGGAAAAUUGAGACAUCUGCAGCAAACCCUUCCAAAGACAGUAACAGUGCAGAAAUAAUACUAAGCAUUUGGAAGGAACUAAAAGCAAGUUCAAAGCUGUGCAUGCAAGUCUUUAUCUAGCUUCUCUAUGAUUUAGACUCAAAAUAGAUGUCUUACAGUCUCUGAAGAAACCAAAGAUUCCCUCAAGUGUGGUAAUGUAGAUGGGAUUGAAAUUCAUUAUUCUUCAAAUUUUAGUCCAUGGCUAUUUCCAUUAAGCUAUGCUCUAUCACUCAUCAGUCAAAUUCAAAUCUGCAUGGCAAAGUUUCUGUCCUCCAGUAAGUGAGAACAGGACUUUUAUGAGGAAGCAGCUGCCUACAACAAAAUACUCAAUUAGGAAAUACUUUCAAGAUGGGGAAAUCUGUUCUUUUAACUCAAUGGUGACUUACUCUUCUAAUUCAGACCACCUCUUUAUUUUGCCACAUUGCAUAUUCGGGUAAAAGAAAAACAAAGUAUUUUCCCUCAAAUUCUGAAAAAAUUUAGUUUAGGAUCUUAAUUUUUGGGGUGGCAUGAAAUAAAAUUUAUGACAAAGCGUUUUUUUCUUGCAUAUGCAACUGUGAAACAACAUUUUGUUACUGAAGAAAGGGAAGGAAAGGCUUUCCACUAUUUAAACAAAAUAAAGACCCAGAGGAGGAAAGGUAUUUCUCAUUUGCAUUUCUCAAACAUACCUCUCAAAGUAGGACCAACCAAGAAUUAGCAUGAAGAGCCUUCUUGGUACACCAAAUUUAGAUGUCUGAUUGACACUGUCUCCAUGCCGACCUGAAUGAAGAUGCCUGUCAAGCAGGUGGAUGUACUGUUGGCCACUAAUCUACAAGCUACCCCUCCACACCACAGGGAAAAGUUUCUGUAAUGUCCCACACAAGAGAACUCUUAGCUUAUAGAUGCUAAAUGGUGAGUUCAUCAUUUGGGCAGUUUGUUUCUGUAAGGACAACCUGCAGCUGGAGAUAGACAGCAGCUGAGUCCAAACCCCAGCCAUUUCUCUUCUGUUGUGCUGCUGCAGUUGAUGCUGGACUGUCUCCACUUCAACACUUGGCAACUGGAACAUGGCUUCCAACUUUAUCUCUCCUUCAUAUGCCUUUGUCCCACCAUUCAUCCAUCACUCAUAACAUGUCAAAUAACACAGCUACUAUCUGUGCUUGCUAGAACAAUCUAUCUCAAAGACACUCAACACAGUUUCUUAGGUAUAAGGAUCUCUGCAUGCCACCUAAAACACAUUAUUCAGCUUAGUCAACUGAGGACACCAGCACACAGCAAAGGCAAUUCCCACAAGCAUUUCAUAAAAAGAAAAAAAAUUUCCACCCUAAUGAUGAUCACUAUUCUGUAUCAAUUUGUUAUUUUGAAGACACUUUGCACUACUGUAAUUAACUGCUACUAUUCAAAUUACUAAUUAUUUUGACCUUCAUUAAUCUAUUUUCACUGAUAUAUAAGUAAUAAGUAUUUGAAAGAGCAGGCUUUUUGUUCCAUCAAUAUUUUGCUGUAAAAUAGAAGAAGUUAAGUCUGUGCUAGCUCCGUUGUGUCCAAGGCAAACAAGAAUUCUCUGCAGGGGUAUGAAAGGCUACUGUCAGUUUUCUGAGACAGGCAAUAUUUCUUGUUCCCCUGCUUCUCUCCUAAUCCCAGGCCAAAGCACCGAAGACAAUAAAGAGGUGUGACACACACUUGUGAGUUCUGUGAUACACUCUAAUAGUUAAAAGUUCAUGCCAGAAACACUGACUAUACUGAAAACUUUCAAGCUGACUUUUCUGAAAAUGUCUCUGGUUAUUAAUAAAUCAGACAACCAGCCCUGCCAGAGCAUUCAGCAUUCCCAAAAUGAGAAAUAUUUCAGCUCAAGUCGUAGUUUUCUGUUCAUACAGGUUUGUUAAUCACUUUGCAGUGUUAUACUUCAAAAGUUGCAGAUUCAAAAGUUAGUUCUUGUUGUUUAUAACGAAGAACAAAAUGUGAAGAUCAGACUACUUAAUGACUGCCCAAUGCUUAGCAGAAGUAAAUACUACUUCUCCCCAAGGAGAUAAACAAAACACCAAGGAUAAAUUUCUCAGCAGAGCUGUUCUCUACAAUGCUAAAACAAGCUGUAAGCAUCACGAUAGUAGGAGGAAAAUCUGCAGUCCCAAAAAGACAAGUUUGUCCCCACGCAUCCAGAAAACAUUGAUAAACGACUAUCAGAAUCUAGUCAUAUUCCAGAUCCAGGUGAAAAUCACUUAAGUAAGCAUUAAAGGAAGCAUCAGGCAGAAAAGAAACAUUUGGGUCAUAAAUCUAUCAAAUUCAAGCAAGAGAACUCAAAGUCAUGAGCAAUGUGAGCAUCUCUAAAUUGAUCAGACUAUCUUCUCACCUGCUGUAAAUCUGGACUGCUGUUCACAGUGGCUGAAAAUAGUGCUUUGCCUGUAUCUUUGAAUAGAAGAAAAAAAACUGGCCUUAAGUUGAACUCAGUCUGCAAUACAAACAUUACUGAAGGAUACAUGCAAUACAGUAUAACUGAAAGAUGCCUUUCCCUUACCAGAGAUCAUAAAAAAGCACCUCACAAGCCAUAUUUGCUGACGCCUGAUUUCUAUCCAUGUUGCAAGAAUUAGAAUUAUAAUAUAUCCCAAGUUAGAAGGGGUGUACAAGGAUCAUUAAGCAUUUGAAAAUACUGGUAAUGCUGUUUGAACUCCAGGAGCUUGGUGCCAUGACCACUGCCCAGGGGAGCCUGUUCCCAAGCUUGAUCACCCUCCAGCGUAGAAUCAUUUAAGCCCCAACCUGACCUUCCCCUGAAGCACCUUGCAACGUAAAAAUGCCAGUCAGUAGCUUUGAGCUGUUCUAAGAGGAGACCUGAAGGGACCCAAUGGUACUAUACACUGGUGUAUCUUCACCUGAACAACCGUGUGAGAUUUCAGACACUAUGAUAUAAAACACAACUAUUAGACAAUGUCCAGAGGACGGCUACAAAAAUGUGAAGGGUCUGGAGGGCAAGCUGUAUAAGGAGUGGCUGAGCUGAGCUCCGGUUCAGCCCAGAGUGGAGGAAGCUGAGGGGAGGUCUCAUGGUGGCCUGCAGGUCCUCACAGGGACAGCAGGACAGUGUUGACCCAAGGGAACAGCACGGAGCAGUGUCAGGGAGAGUAAAACAGGGUGUUAGGAAAAGGCUCUUCACCAGAGAGUGGUCAGGUACUGGCAAAGGCUCCCCAGGGCAGUAGGUAUAAACUGCACCUCAGAAUCAGGUCAAAAAUUGCUGGUUACAAAAGGAAAGAUUUAAUUCCCACGAUCAAUUUUCAUAUUGCUACCCGCCACUCUGUUCCUCCUACACAAACAAUCCAGUGCACACCUGUGGGAGCAGGCGCUUCUCCCUUGCCUUCAUUUUAGUUGCUUUAAAACCAAACAUACAACACAAGGGUGUAUGAUAUUAUUAAUGUACUCCUCUUUGGUAUGAGGGAAAACUAGAGCAGUGCUACGGAAUAUGGCAGUAACCCGAAUAGUCAGACUGAUAGCUGAAUUUCUUUGCUUUUAUAAAUAAUGAAGCUUGGGUUAUGGUUUGCUUCUAUGCUGUGUCAUGGAUUAUCAAAAGGUCAAACACUGACAUCUCAAACUCUGCACACAGAUUAUUCAAGUUAGCAAUGCCUCUACAGUUGAAAUUUGGAAAACCAGCAUAUGAAAACAAACAAAAAAAACCAUAGGAAAUUGCCGUUAUGAAUACAAGUUUCACUAUUACUUAAAUGGAGGAGCUGGUAUGCUGGAAUAUAACAAUCUCUUUUUGGACAUUAUCCCAAACAUCAACCGGAUCUCCAAAUAAAUUUAUGAGAAGAAACAUGCUCUGGUGGCAGAUCUCUAAUCCCACUGGAGAAAGCCCAGAUCAUCUCCAUUUAAGGUCAAGCAAGCAACAGCUGCACAUUUUUGUUCCCCAGAACAAAAUAAAGCAGACCAAAACCUCCAACACAAAUUCCUUUUUUAAAAGCUGUUCCCUUCUGGACUCCGUGGGUGCUCAGACUAAGGCUACCAAGGAGGAAACUGAAAAGCAUGCAGACGCCCUCACACAUGUGGUUCUGCUGCCCGGUCCCUGAGCAGCAAGCUGCCUCACACAGGUCCUAGCAAGCCUCACCAGUAUGUGACACCAAACCAACCUGGGCAGGCUUCUGGAGAGAUCGUAUCCCAGCAAGCCUCUUGCCAGGAAAACACCAAUACAAAUCCAAACCAUUUGCAAGAUCUGCAGUGGGGAAUUUUACUGUUAUUUACCAAAUGCAUUUCCAAUUUUAUUUAAAUGUAGCAUUUCUUAUCUGACUUAAACAUAUCCAGAAGACAUGCGUUACAUUUCAGAUGAAGUAUUACCAUUUGCAUUAAUGCCUUAUCUUUCACUUCUAAAUAGCAUAGUCUUUUUAAAGAAUGGUAUGAUUGCAGCUCCUAACCUAUCAGUGGCUCAGUAAUAAAAAUGAGCAUUCUUUAAGCAUCUCAUGUUAAAAAAAGCUUUAGAAUGGUGAUUACAAGCAAUUUACCAACACAAAAAGACUAGAAUCAAGGGAAGAGUAAGUACUGCUAUGAUUUUAGGAUGACUCAGUAAAAGGGAGGAAUUGACAUUAGUCUCUGCAGUGCUGGGUGCAGGACUCUAAUAACAAAUGGAAGGUGUGAAUUUCAAUAGUAACACUUGUACAAGUUUCAUAUUACAUCUUGCAAAGACAGCAGUACUUUUGCUGGAUGAUAGCAAGCGAUAACAUGAAACUUCCCUCACAAAAAGGUCAAAUGCAGUUUGCUCGACUGUUAUAGAUUUAUGUUAAUAAUGCCAUUAUUAGUAAGUUAUGAAAGCCUCUGCACUGGUGAAGAACUACCAGUGUGGAGAUACUCUAUUAACUUUCAAUUGAAACAAGUGACCCUGGAUUUCCUGGAUUUAUUAAAGGAUAACAGAAAGCAGUCACAUUUAUAAUAUAAAAGCUCAGUUUCUAACUUUAAUUGUAAUGUAGCCAAGAAAAGCGUAAGAGAGCUAAACAUCACCUUCAAAGUCUUCAAGUACAGGCAUCACAGCAUGGCUUAGAGGGAAUUAGAAAAAAAUUAAACAAUAAACCAACUGAAAAAAGUCAACCUAUCAUGUCUGGUUUCUUGUUCAAAGCCAGACACUAAUCUACGCUAAGCAACAACUGCCAAAACUGGAUCUAAAUGUUUAGAGUUAAGCUGAGCUUCUGUAUUUUUGCCUGCCAUUUCCAAAUGAGGAUAAUGCUCACUCUGCCUGUAGCAUCCACACACGAAGCCUGAUGCUGGGUGCUUUCACACACAGCAGUUUAGUGCCUCCACACCCAGGAAAUUCUCCAUUUCCUGGAUGCACAAACCCUACUACUUAAAUGCAGCCCAUGCAACAGACAGCACAAGCCUCCUCACAAGUGCAGGAUGCAGUGUGUGUCGUGUCCCCACUUGGCAUUUCCCAGACAUAGGUAAGAUGCAGAAGGUAACCUGCAGUGCUUCAUCCAGCUACACUUCUCCCCAGAAAACGGGGCAAAAAAUCAUGGGCACAGUUCCCAGACACAAGGGCACUGUGGUAUUCCAUAAGAAAGGUAAAAUACUUCUAAAUUAAUCAUUCCUAUAUAAUUUGAGGAUUUAUACAAGCUGGAUUUUAUUUGGAAAAAAACACCACCACACGCCAUACUUUCCAACCCACAAAUUAACUCAAGAGGGUAGAGAAGGCAUGAAAUACAGAAAAAUUAAGUUCAAACAUGGUCAGAAGAAAGCUGAUAUUGCAGAACUUACAUCACACUGUAAACCAUAUAGCAGCUGUAUAACAGUAUUACUGAAUCUAAAUAUACACAAAGUUCAAGAAACCUGUGGUACAAAAGAACAUCAUUCCAUUUCCAAAUCCUGUAUGGAUUUUAUUUUUAUUUUUAGGAUUUUAUUAACAAGAAACUGCACUGCUGCAGCUAAAGUAGCAUAGCCAGAACAACCCUCUAAACCAACUCCUAUUUAAGUUCUCAUGUAAGUAAACAUAAAAAAGGCCACAGCAAACAGCUCACCCCCUCCCUCGCGCCCUGGCCGCAGUUCCCUGAGCCCCACAUGGACAGAGGAGCUGCCAGAACUGAGCGCGUUCCCGCUGCCAACAAGUGGAGAUGAGAACUGCAGGCUUCAGAAGGCAGGGCCGAGGCCAAUCACAACUUCUGCAUUGCUGAAUGACACCAGGAGUCCUGCCUCUGUAACUUUUGUUAUUUUUCCCCUCAGCCUCCUUCAAUUGUUCCCAGCACUUGGUCACGGACUCAGACAGGCUACCAGAGACCACAGGCAGCUGCCACCACGCUCCAACAGCCUGCAGCAGAGGUGGUAACAGCAUCAUGGAGGACUAACGAGUAAGCUCCACAAAGGCUGUCUAAACAAAAAGAGAAGAUAACAGGCACUUUUCACUGUUCCUGACAACUCCUCUCCUUUCCUGCACUUCUAAAACCUCUGAUUUGUGCCCUCUGCUUUCUUGCUGCCAUGGAGAAGGUCCAAUACAUAACCCGCUCUGCUCUGAGGAGAGCCUCAACUAUUGAGGUCAACCCACAAGCACGCCAAAGGCUCCAGGAGCUCUUUGUGAAUUUCUGCCUGAUCUUAAUUUGCCUCUUGCUGAUCUGUAUCAUUGUGAUGCUCCUCUGAAGUUCCAGCACUUCUCUGCACUGUUCUCUAGGAAAGCCGCCCAAAGGGAAGAGCGACCUCCACUUCCAACCCCAAUGCAAGGAUCCCCUUGGGAGAGGGGCUAGCACUUGGACUAAGGCUGUGCUGUGUGCCAGCCAUCGCGCUGCUCUUACUGCCUGCCACAUGUAUUAAAAACACACUUCUGUGCUGAACAGUGUCUAGAGCCUGUUGUUACACAGCUGUGCAUGACCUAUUUUAUCUGUUCAGUCAAGAGAUGUCUGUUCUGUUGCAGGGAACUGCCUCUUCAGAGGGUUGGUCUCCCCAUGUUUUAGCAAGUUCUCCAUGGGUUAGCCACUACAGACAAACAAGAAGUGCACUUUUUCAGGAUCUUUGAGUUUCUCUGGAAGUCCAUAAACCAUGGAGCAUGUUCCAAAUUCAGCCCAAAAAACAGCUGCUGGCACACAUACUGCAGAGUAGGAGGACAUCUGCUCUGAGUCCUGAAACAUGCUGUAUCUUUGUGCUAUCAACUGAAGGCAUUCACCUUGUUCUAGCAUUUUUAUAAGAAUGAAAGAAAAACAAAAAAGUA